GUCUGCUGUGAUGUAGACACUUUUUUCUUUUGUGUUGUGAGUGAACUCUGGAGUGGGUGUUCUUUUAUAUAAUUCCUGUUCCUCAUUGCUACAAUGCCACACCGUUGCAUACUUGGAUGUAAAGGAACAGAUGUGCUGCAUGUCUUUCCGAAUCCACGCAAAUUUCACAAUCUUUUUAAGACUUGGGUCGAAAUUGUUGGAGGAAAACCAGAGAAUCUAUCUGACAAUGAAUUUCAUUACAAAAUGAGGAUAUGUGAUAUCCAUUUUAGUGAUAAUCAUAAAAAUCGCAAUAAACGCUUAAAUGCAUUGGCGUUACCAUGUCUUCAUUUGCCAGGUAUGCCCAGAGUCCAGCAGCCUGUUGUUGCCAGUGAGUGUCAGCCUUCUGCUUCCAAGCCUAUUCAUGUAAAUUUAGAAUGUCGACUUGGCGAGUUGGACAUGAGGAGGCGCCUCAGGACUUCCUCGACCUUCUCUUCGAGGAGGAUGAUAGGGAAGAGGAAGUCCUCGCCGUCGGAGAGGAGAGUGAAUGCGAGAUUUCGAAGACGAUAGGGAUGAUGUAGAUCGUUCACCGGAGGCUCCGCCUAUGUCUUCUCUUUCCCCAAACUUGCGCCAAGUGUCAUCGCCGUCAAUGGAAGAACAAUGCAAAGAAAUGCCGCCGCCGUCCUUCGCGUCCCGCGACAGGUCCCGAUCUCCCAUUGCUUCUUCGUCUGAAUCUGCAAUGGGACCUGCCGGAAUAGUAAUCCGUAUAUAUGGCGAGGAUGGCAUGGCACUGGACGAUGGUGACGACGAUCAAUUUUUUGGCCCCGGAUACCCACGCUUUGUAUGUGUACCCUGAGGUGCAUGUUAGGAGUGAACCUUUGAAUGUGAGAAGUGUGAAUGCGCGACGAAGUGGAAGAAGGGGUGCUAGGAGUGUGCGAGGACAAACUGCGUGUGGGCGUAGAUGGAGGAAUCAGUGGGAAGUGGGACAGCCCCAAGGAGAUUUGGACUUGCGAUGCGCAUGUAAGUUUGGCGACGGAUGUUUUGAGGAGACGGGAGAUGAGAAUUAGAGAUGCUGCCAGGGCUAAGAGGAAUGCUGAACGAGAAGGUGCUAGCGAUAGUGAAAAUGAGGAUGAAUUCUAAAAGAAACGCUAGUACUGGACCGGAUGAUCUCCCACGACUGGAAGGGCAGAACCUCCACUUUGAAUGGUCUCCU